AGAGGCGAGAGGUUUAGUGUGUGGAGCUGUUAAGAGCUCAGCCUGGGCUGUCAGUCCCUGCUCCAGCCGCAGCGAGAGACCUUCUCUUAGAUUCAUAAUCUCUCUCUCUCUCUCUCUCUCUCUCUCUCUCUCUCUCUCUCUCUCUCUCUCUCUCUCUCUCUCUCUCUCUCUCUCUCUCUCUCACACACACACACACACACACACACACGCACACACACACACAAGCUUCAUGGGAGAGGGAGGCACUGACCAUUUUGCUAGUGCUGGGACAAGACUGCGGUGCGUUGGGUGCAAAGACUCUUCAUCUCCACUUCUUGCUUUCGCUGUGGAUACAGAAGACAGGGGAAAUACAGGAUUUGAAUUGGACUAGGUAUUUGUGCACUUGUCUGGCAGUCUACUUAGGAAAGCAGUUGAAUUGGACGAGUUCAUGCCUUAACAGAGUAUAAUAAAAGGGGAAAGCUUGCAGCUCCUUCACGAGGAAGAUGGGAACUCCCCUGUUUCUACCUCUUUAAUAAAUGGAAUGAAAUGUGAAUGGAGGAGCCACACAUUACAUUUGCCUGGGAAAAUCGUUCGGCGGAACUAACAAUCUGGCUACUUUCAUCAGAGGAGGGGGUGUUCAUUACGUGACAGGGGGGAACAAGAAACCAGAAACGGAAUGUAUGAAUCUGAAACUAUUGGCCAAGCAAAGGGAGAAAAAUCAAGAUUUAAUUUUAAACAAAGGUUUUCUAGUCUUUUGUAUCAUAAACUUACUUCAGUGUCUUGUAACCAGUUUAGCGGUGACGGUAGGAUAAACCAGAGGAGUCCUACAUGUGUGCACCAUUAUUAAACUGGCAGACACACCGACAGCCGCCUUCUUUCAUUUAUCAACAUCCAACUGGAAUUGAAAUCUCUUUUUCGUCCAAUAGUUGAUCAUGUACAAACUAUAUAUGAAUAUCAAUGUAUGAAUAGCUUAUAUCCUGGGGUUUAACUAGUAGAACAUAAACGUGGAGCUACAAUUCAGCCCAGUUGAAUAUGAGGAGCUUAAAUUUCAUGACUUUUUUUUUUAAAGAAAGAGUUCUGUUACUGUGAAGCAAAUUCUUAUAGGUUUAUAAAAUGACAGGUAAGAACUUUUUCUCCUCUUAGCACCUUAACGCCCAAGGCAGUGAGCGCAGAGGAGAGGCAGGACCCUGGAAAGGGGUGAGCUCAAGCGACCAAUUGGCCCUCCAGUGUUUGCAACCAGGAUAGAAGCUGCUUUAGGGAGAGGAUCAGACCUCUAGGACAAUCGGGAGACGAAAAAGCCCUUUGAGGUUUGAGGAGGGCAGGAUUUUUUUUUUUUUAAACCUGCGCUAUCCGGAAUGGGACCUGGAGGAGGGAUGUUAUCCUAGGCCUGAACAUAAGUAAACAUUUUGCAUUUUUAGUAAACCAAGCUAUCGCUUUCAGUUAUUUUAAACCAAACCCCUCUGGGCUAGAUGCUGUUGGAGGCGUUGGGAUGGUCCUGGCUGAACAAUAUUAAAGAGACUGAUCACGUAGAAGGAUAAGAAAAGCUUCAGAGACCCCCGUCUUCCCCUCUUCUGUGAGUCGGUGCAAUUAAAAAUGAACAAGAGACUUGGUAGAUCUCGGCACUGAUUGCUCCCCACCCUCCCCCCUUCCCUGACCCGGACCCUCUCCUCCCUCCCCCACCCCAGCCCCCUAAAGCCGGGAUCUGAUUGCAAGCCGGGACCUCCUCUUGUUCCACAUUGUGGUAGUGGAUGCAUUUUUCAUGAGCACUAGGUGAACAGGUGCAAAGUACAUUUGGAAAAUCCAGGCGGCCCAUUUCGGUGGCGUGGCGUGGCGUGGAGGGUGGUAUCCGGCUAUCUCCGAAGGGAUCAUGGAGAGCGACCGGGACAUGUACCGUCAGUUUCAGGACUGGUGCCUCCGGACUUACGGAGACUCCGGAAAGACCAAGACGGUGACCCGUAAAAAAUAUGACCGGAUCGUCCAGCUUUUGAACGGCUCCGAGUCGAGCUCCACGGAUAAUGCCAAAUUUAAAUUCUGGGUCAAAUCGAAAGGUUUCCAGCUCGGCCACUCGGACGAGGUCAAUGGUGGAGGUGGCAAGCAAGUGCUCUUCGUGCCGGUCAAAACCACGGAUGGAGUAGGGGUAGAUGAGAAGCUGUCUUUAAGGCGAGUAGCCGUGGUUGAAGAUUUCUUUGACAUUAUCUAUUCCAUGCAUGUGGAAACAGGGCCGAAUGGAGAACAAAUCAGAAAACAUGCUGGACAGAAGAGAACAUAUAAAGCGAUUUCAGAGAGCUAUGCCUUCCUACCGAGAGAAGCGGUGACACGAUUUCUAAUGAGCUGCUCAGAGUGCCAGAAAAGAAUGCAUUUAAACCCAGAUGGAGCAGAUCAUAAAGAUAACGGGAAACCUCCUACGUUGGUGACCAGCAUGAUUGAUUACAAUAUGCCAAUUACAAUGGCCUACAUGAAGCACAUGAAACUACAGCUCCUGAGCUCCCAGCAAGAGGAGGAUGAAAGUUCUAUAGAAAGUGAUGAGUUUGAUAUGAGCGAUUCCACACGCAUGUCAGCUGUGAACUCUGACCUUAGUUCUAACCUUGAAGAAAGAAUGCAGAGUCCUCAGACUGUUCCUGGUCAGCAAGAUGAUGAUUCAGCUGCAGAGAGCUUUAAUGGCAAUGAGACUGUGGGACCUAGUUCCAUUGCUUCAGGGGGAGCACACUGCAGGGAGAUGGGAGACACAAACAGUAAUGGCAAAACAAAUCUGGAGCAAGAUGAGCAACCUCUGAACCUGAGUGACAGUCCUCUCUCUGCCCAACUGACUUCAGAAUACAGAAUAGAAGAUCACAGCAGCCAUGGCAAAAACAAAUAUAAGAAUCUUCUAAUUUCUGACCUCAAGAUGGAACGAGAGGCAAGAGAAAAUGGAAGCAAGUCCCCUGCACAUAGCUAUUCAAGUUAUGAAUCUGGGAAGAAUGAGAGUGUAGACAGAGGUGCUGAGGACCUUUCAAUGAACAGAGGAGACGAGGAUGAAGAUGACCAUGAUGAGCAAGAAGAUUCUGAGAAAGUCAAUGAGACAGAUGGAGUAGAAGCUGAGCGCCUGAAAGCUUUUAAUAUGUUUGUCAGGCUGUUUGUAGAUGAAAACUUGGACCGAAUGGUCCCAAUCUCUAAGCAGCCCAAAGAAAAGAUCCAGGCUAUCAUUGACUCAUGCAGGCGACAAUUCCCUGAGUAUCAAGAGCGUGCCAGAAAACGUAUACGUACUUACCUCAAGUCCUGCAGGCGGAUGAAAAGAAGUGGUUUUGAGAUGUCUCGACCUAUCCCUUCUCACCUUACUUCAGCAGUUGCAGAGAGUAUCUUGGCUUCAGCCUGUGAAAGUGAGAGUAGAAAUGCUGCAAAGAGGAUGCGUCUGGACAGACAGCAGGAUAGAUCCCUUCACCAUUCUUGGUCACAGUGUUCUCCCUCAACAAAGGACAAGGACGAGUCUGCUUCAGCUGACAAACAAUAUAAACAAGAGGCGGCCCAGGUCACUUAUUCAACAUCAGCUGUUUCUAGCACACAGGAGGUGUUGUAUAUCAAUGGAAACGGGACCUACAGUUACCAUAGUUACAGAGGGUUAGGAGGAGGACUGCUAAAUCUGAAUGAUGCUUCUAGUAGUGGUCCCACCGAUCUCAGCAUGAAGAGACAAUUAGCCACCAGCUCUGGGUCCUCCAGCACUUCAAGCUCCAGACCCCAGCUGAGUCCGACUGAAAUCAAUGCCGUGCGGCAGCUUGUGGCAGGAUACCGAGAAUCUGCAGCCUUUUUACUUCGCUCAGCAGAUGAACUGGAAAACCUCAUUUUACAGCAGAACUGAAUCCCACGACCUUAGCACUCAAUGGGUCUUAUCUUGGAGUUUCCACAAAUGACAUGUUGGUUUCCCAGAGCAUAUGCUCCAGGUAUUGCUGCACGGGCUUUUAGGAGAGUUAUAUACCAUAAAGCCACACUGUACUUGAUCCUUAAGGUGAUGUGUUAAGGUGCUUCAGGGGAACUGGCCUCUGAUCUUUUCGAGGUACUUUCAUGUGUCCAGCCCAUUGCUUUCUGUUUUAGUCUAUCAGCAUAAAUAUAAAAAAGUGACUGUAGAAUGCUAACUCACAGAUGAAACAGAAGAUGCUGUGGUCCUUUCCAUUGGUUCAAGCUGCAAGUGCAAUAUUGUGGAAUAUGCUACUGACUCAUUGGACCGAAAGCUGCAGUAUAUGGCAAAAAACAAUGCCAAAUUUCCUGUUGGUACAGGAUGAAACAGCAAUUAAAAGGAUCUUGUAUUUUAAAAGAAAAUGUAAUUUUUAUAAAAAAAAAAGUUUUUUUCAUUCAAAAUUGUCAUUUUUACUUUGGUAACUUUUUCACUGGUCCUAAAAACUGUUUUGAGAAACUAUUGUAAGUCCCCUUUCCAUCCUCUUUUUUUCUUCUAUCUCCAAAUUCUUUCUACAAAAAAAAAAAUACACUUGAUGCUGGAAAAUCCAUAUAUCUACAUUCUAUAAAUCAUCACAUCACAAACUACUACCCAAAGGAGCCUGCAUUACUUGUGUUCAUGCUGUUUUCAAAGUCACCCCAUUCAACAUGGCAGCUUUCCAAUUGGCAAUUGUCAUCACAGAGUGGGUUCUUUUUUUUAAUAUAUCUAUUUAUCUAUAAAGACAUAUCAUUUUAAAAAAUCACCCCUUGGUUCAUUACAGCUGCUCACUCACGAUUGCUGCUGCUGCUGCUGUCUUGUAGAAGUUCUGGUAGUAGUGAUUGGAUGUAGAUGACUGAAUGUUAAAUGGUUGCAAGUGACAAUCUGAAAAUUUGCACUCUUUUCUGUAGUUUUCUUUCCAUUUUUCUUUCUGAGAUACUUUCCAAAAACAAGAAGGCCAUUUCCUCUCUGAAUAUGCUUUAUAGAAUUCUCAGACCCAGUUUCCAAUGUUCUACCAACUCUCAGUGGAUGCAGCUGUGACUCAUAGUGAACUCUCACCUUGCUUCUUUCUCCCAGCCCUGGCCCUGCUUAAAUGGUGUUUUCUUUGUGCACUAAGAUGAGCCUAUUUUUAAAUAUAUAGAGACAAGUCCUUUAGUUGAUGCUUACUUGUACUAUUUGUUCUGUUGUUUAGCUUUGGUUGGAUAAAAAAGUUCCUUGUACAUUCCUAAAUUUGCCUUAUUUCAUGUAAAAAAUAAUUCUGUAAUUCUGUUUUCAAGGAUGAGUUUAAGGCAUCAGUGAGAUUUCCUAUCUACUUGUUCCAUAGAGUUUUUCAAGUAAUGACUGUGAUUGUGACCCAGUAAUGUGCACUUUUCUUGUGCCUGUGGACAUUGCUAUGCUUUUUUUCCUCUAGUGUUUCUAGAAUUAUUGUUGCUUACAGUUAUGUUUUAAAAAAAAAAAAGAUAAAAAACCAAGAACUUUUGUGAUACUGUUGGUGAAUAUAAAUGUGAAAAACCUAUUGAAAUAUGAGUAUUUUGGAGAUACAUAGAUUCGCAAACAUUUCCAAGUGUGGAUUUAAGAUUCACAGAUUUAAAUGAAAAUUCAAAAAUUGAGGGCUGGUAUAAUUUCUUCUGUUUUGUUUGGUUAAAUAAACAGAUUUCUGUGUUUAAACAUGA